CAUGGAACCAUUGGAAGAACUAUGGACCACUCCACCAACCUUGCUACUAAAAGGCAAGCCGAAUCACCUUUACCUGGCACGGCUGCAGGUUCCACCAAACGCAUUGCCCUCAGCUACGAACAGGACAACAAGCGCGUCGCCCUCAGCAUCGAACAGGACAAUGAACGAGGCCCAAGCCUAAACGAUCUCCCGGAAGAGUUGCUGGAACAUAUUAUCUCGCAAAUGAGUUCCUGGGAAGCACGCGGUCUGGUGCGUGUGUCGCGCAAAUUUCGGCGGCUAGCUGAACCGCAUCUGUACUCCCACUACAUAUAUAUUGCGAACUACUUGGGAGACGACAAUGUCAACUAUGACAACGAGGAAAAAGACUGGCGCAGCCUCCAUCAUCUUAUCCGGACAUUGAUCGAGCGGCCGGACCUUGCUGCACACAUGCACACCGUCGAGACCAAUCAUAUCAUGUGGAAAGAGUUAGGUUUAUUGUCAGAAGAACGGAUGAAAAUAAGCGAGUGGCUCUGGACAGAAACGGCUCUGGACCAAAUCGAUCUUGAUGAGACUUUUAAAACGACCCUCUUCUCCCGUCUUCCCCCAGUAGAACAUGAGAGUGCUGCAGUGGCGUUGUUACUAUGCCUGUUGCCGAACGUGGAACGGCUGAGCAUGGAAGCUUCGUGGUUUGAUACAGAGUCAUUGGAAGGAGGUGACGCUCUUACCAAUUUAGUCAAAGCCGUUGUUGCUCAGACCUCGCAAGUUCCAUUAGAGGGAGGUCUCUCGGACACGGCUACAACAAAUUCGAGAAGACCCCUUGCGAAACUACGACAUGUGACAAUCACAAAUUUUGAUUCUAACAUGAGCGAGAUGUCCCCGAACCUGGUCAUGGCUUUGGUCGGUAUUCCCUCUGUGCGCGAAUUCCGUUGCGCGUGGUCAACAGAUUUCCAGGGUGGCGUAGUAUCGCCACACGCCCGCACCUCCAAUAUCGAGCACGCUACGUUCCUUUGGUGCAGGGCUAACAUGGAUGACUAUUAUACCUUCUGCAAAGUUUGCAAGGCACUCAAGUCGCUAUCCUUGGUUUUUGGCAGUCCGGGAUAUAACUUCGAAACUGACAACAACCUCAUGACGCUGCGCAGGGCCCUAUUUCUGCACACUGAAUCACUUGAGAGCCUUCUUAUAGACAUAUCAGACAAGCCAAGAUCGGCUGUACUUGGCAGCUUGAAACCGCUUCGCCAUUUGAAGGCACUGUCUAUCUCUGGACAGCUUUUGACCGGAUAUCGCCCAGGUCUAGACGGUCCAGACAACAGUGCCGCUCUCAUGGACCUACUUCCAACUUCACUGGAAGUUUUGACAAUCAAUAGCAGCGUUAAGGGCGAUACAGCACUGGAAAAAUUCCUCGCAACUCUUGCCUACCAUGGUAAAGAAGUUUUGCCGAAUCUCAGGCAGGUCGAAAUGCGCCCUCGCAAGACAUUUGUCCGCUGGUAUUUCCAUGAAGUUAUUUAUCUUCACGUUUCUGCAGAAUUACUCGACCAAUUGCGGCCUGUCUUCACGGGCUGGGGCAUUCGAUUGUUGGGCCCGGAGGGCGCUGACGAAGAUGAUAAUUUUAUAGGUGGUGGUGGUGAUGGAAAUGAGUUUUAUUCCUACUAUCCACGAACGAAAAUCAUGGAAAAUCCUCAUCAGAGAGAAUAUACGCGCAGUGCGUUUCCCCCUUUUUCCCAGGCUUAUCCGCUUUCUUCAAAGUUUUGAAAUUCUACUUUAGCAUCACACAUCACUUAGCGCUCG